CGGCGGAGCUUCCUCCUCCGAGAGCGCUGCGGCGCGGCUGGGCUGGUCCUUCCGCCCCUGCCUCCGCGGCGCCGGGGCGAGCGAGGGGGCGAGCGGAAGGCGCGGCGGAGCCGAGGCCGGCGAUGCGGCCGGCGGGAGGCGCGGCGCUCGCGGGCUCGCUGUGCGGGGAGCUGCUGCAGGCCCCGCCGCAGGCCCCGCCGCCCCCGGGCUCGCAGCCGCCCCCGGCCGCGCCCUCGGGGCCGCCGCUCCCCGCGCCUGGCGGCGCGACCCUCAACCGCCUUCCGGAGCCGCUGCUGCGGAGGCUCGGCGGGAGCCUGGACCGAGCGCCCGAGGGCCGGGGCUGGAGGAGGCUGGCCGAGGUGGCGGGGAGCCGGGGGCGCCUCCGGCUCAGUUGUCUGGACUUGGAGCAGUGUUCUCUUAAGGUCUUGGAGCCUGAAGGAAGUCCAAGCUUAUGUUUACUGAAGCUGAUGGGUGAGAAAGGUUGUACGGUCACAGAACUGAGUGACUUCCUGCAGGCUAUGGAGCACACGGAGGUUCUUCUGCUUCUUAGCCCCCCAGGAAUAAAGAUCACUGUCAACCCAGAAUCAAAGGCAGUCUUGGCUGGACAGUUUGUGAAACUAUGUUGCCGGGCAACUGGACAUCCCUUUGUACAGUAUCAGUGGUUUAAAAUGAAUAAAGAGAUUCCGAACGGAAAUGCAUCAGAACUCAUUUUUAACACAGUACAUGUAAAAGAUGCAGGCUUUUAUGUCUGUCGAGUUAAUAAUAAUUUCACCUUUGAAUUCAGCCAGUGGUCACAGCUGGAUGUUUGUGAUGUCACAGAAGUAACAGGAAGCUUCCAGGGAAGUUCAGAUGGCAUCUCUGAAUCCAAGUUGCAAAUCUGUGUCGAACCAAGGUCCCAAAGGCUAAUGCUUGGCAGUACAUUGGUCUUACAGUGUGUUGCUGUUGGAAGCCCUAUUCCUCACUACCAGUGGUUCAAAAAUGAGUCACCAUUAAUACAUGAGACGAAAAAGCUAUACAUGGUGCCUUAUGUGGAUCUGGAACAUCAGGGAAUCUAUUGGUGUCAUGUAUAUAAUGAUCGAGACAGUCAGGAUAGCAAGAAGGUGGAAAUCAUCAUAGGAAGAGCAGAUGAGGCAGUGGAGUGCACUGAAGAUGAAUUAGAUAAUCUUGGACAUCCUGACAAUAAAGAGCAAACAGCUGAUCAGCCUUUGGCAAAGGACAAAGUUGCUCUUUUGAUAGGAAAUAUGAAUUACUGGGAGCACCCCAAGCUUAAAGCUCCUUUGGUGGAUGUAUAUGAAUUGACCAACUUGUUAAGACAACUAGAUUUCAAAGUCGUUUCACUCUUGGAUCUUACUGAAUACGAGAUGCGAAGUGCCGUGGAUGAAUUUUUACUACUUUUAGACAAAGGAGUAUAUGGAUUAUUAUAUUAUGCGGGGCAUGGUUAUGAAAACUUUGGCAACAGCUUUAUGGUCCCUGUUGAUGCCCCAAAUCCAUAUAGGUCUGAAAACUGUCUGUGUGUACAAAAUAUACUGAAACUGAUGCAAGAGAAAGAAACUGGACUCAAUGUGUUCUUGUUGGACAUGUGUAGGAAAAGAAACGACUAUGAUGAUACCAUCCCAAUCUUGGAUGCACUAAAAGUCACCGCCAACAUUGUCUUUGGAUAUGCCACGUGUCAAGGAGCAGAAGCUUUUGAAAUCCAGCAUUCUGGGUUGGCAAAUGGAAUUUUCAUGAAAUUUUUAAAAGAUAGGUUAUUAGAAGACAAGAAAAUUACUGUGUUACUGGAUGAAGUUGCAGAAGAUAUGGGGAAAUGUCACCUUACCAAAGGCAAACAGGCUCUAGAGAUCCGGAGUAGCUUAUCUGAAAAGAGAGCACUUACUGACCCGAUUCAGGGAACAGCCUAUUCCGCAGAAUCUCUGGUUCGGAAUCUACAGUGGGCCAAGGCACAUGAACUCCCAGAAAGUAUGUGUCUUAAAUUUCAGUGUGGCGUUCAGAUUCAGUUAGGGUUUGCCGCCGAGUUCUCCAAUGUCAUGAUAAUCUACACGAGCAUAGUUCACAAGCCAGCCGACGUGGUGAUGUGCGACGCCUAUGUCACCGAUUUCCCUCUUGAUUUAGAUAUUGAUCCAAAAGAUGCAAAUAAAGGGACGCCUGAAGAAACUGGCAGCUAUUUAGUAUCCAAGGAUCUUCCCAAGCAUUGCCUCUACACUAGGCUCAGUUCGCUGCAAAAAUUAAAGGAACAUCUCGUCUUCUCAGUCUGCCUGUCAUAUCAGUACUCAGGACUGGAAGAUACUGUAGAGGAGAAGCAGGAGGUGAAUGUUGGGAAACCCCUCAUUGCCAAACUGGACAUUCACCGAGGUUUGGGAAGGAAGACUUGCUUCCAAACUUGUAUUAUGUGUAAUGGACCUUACCAGAGCUCGGCAUCCACCUCAGCAGGAGGCGGCCACUACCACUCGUCUCAAGACUCAUUCCACGGGGUUUACCAUUCGCACCUUGGUAACUCAAGUAACAUCUUGCCAUCAGAUGGCUGUCGCUGCAGCCGGACGGCAGAUGCAUUUAUGUCAAGUCACCACACCCACCACUAUCCAUGCCAGUUCGGUAGGAGCAACGUGCCAGUGGAGACAACUGAUGACGUGCCAUUCAGUCUCUCUGAGGCACUCCGAAUUUCCGAAAAGUGACCUCCUUGUUGUUGGAAGUUGUCAUAAUUACCAGAUGCCUCCUGUGCAACAGGACUGACAUGAAGGGAAGCAUCAUGAAGAAGCAAAUACCUAUUCGAAGAGAGAGAUUAGUAAAGAUAUUUCAUGGCAAACUCAGGACUUUCAGGUGUUGGAAUUAUAUUAUUUACCCUCUUCCUUCUCUCUUAGGAGCUGAUGAAUUGGUUGACUUGUUUUGUAAGGGUAAAGGAUGGAUGUGUAUAUGUUCGUGUGUUUAUAACAAAAAUAUUUUCAUUUUGAGCACUCUGAAGUAAGAAUGAUGAGAAUGAUGUUAUUGUAGAGUGAGUCAUUGUAUUUUUAGAAUCAGGGCAAAAAACCCUGGUGAUGAUCACACUUAACCCAGUUUCAUCAGUGGGAGAAACAGAUGGAGGCAUCUUGUGUACUUUAGAGCUGGCACCAGAACUGAGACCUCCAGGUUUCCAUUCCAGUGUUUAUUCCACUACACGCUACCUUCCUGACAGGUUCUGAGACACAUUUUACAUUUGUAGAUGGAUUUAAAGAUAAUAUGUAAAUAUGCAGGUCUGUAUAUAAUCUUAGAAAUGUAUAAACUUUAAUUUGUGAUUAUAGGACGUCACUGCAAGCAUCAGUUACGAGGUUGGUAUAUAAAUCUUAUGUAGAACAGGCGGAAAUUUAUGGUUCCUAAGGUCAGGAAAGCACAUGGAAAGGUGACGAAAUGUUUGUCUGUCUUAGAGCAAGACCGCAGGAUGCUUCUGCCACUGAAUAAUCUUGGCAGCUGCUUCUCUGAAUCUUACCAACACUGGAUAUGUCCUCCUUGAUAACAUUUUUUUCCCUUCUUUUUUUUUUUGGGAUAACAUUUUCUUAAUGAAUUUUACAUUUUCUUAAUGAAUUUUACUGGCCUUAAGAGAGAAUCUUACCACCUUUUGUCCUACCUAAAGCAAGUUAAAAUGGCAAGUGCCAAUAACAAACAUACUGAAUUAGUAAUCUUAAAACAUUCCACAAAGAAAAUACCAGGCUCAGGUGGCUUCGCUGCUGUAUCCUACCAAACAUUUAGAGAAUUACACCAAUCUUUUGCAAACUCUCUCCCAAAAAUGCAAGGAGAGAGAACACUUCCGAACUUAUUUUAUGAAGCCACUAUUACGCUGAUACAAAACCAGGUGAAGACAUCGCAAGAAAACAGAUCAAAAAGUCAUCAACAAAAUACUAGCAAACUGAGUCUGGCAACAUAAUAAAAAGGAUCAUACACCAUGACCAAGUAAGAUUGAUCCCAGGAAUGCAAGGUUUGUGUAACAUCCAAAAAUCAAUGUCAAAUGCAAAAAAUUCUCAUUAUUCACAGUAGUUAUAAUCUAGGAAGUCACAAUGAAUACUGAACCAGUGAAUGCAGAGCCAUUGCUCCUAGGGGAGAUGUGUGUGCACGUGUGUGUGUGCAUUCAUAUCUCAAAUAGAUUAUAUAUAAUCUUAAAUCCUGAGAACUAUUUAUCCUGGUGUAUAUUGUUUUAUUUUACAAAGAAAAUGAGGUUCAAAAAUAUUAAGUGACUUCCUGAGGCUACCCCACUUAUAACUGCCACAGUUGGGAUUCAUACCCGUCCAGCUGGCCCCAGAGCCAAAGCUCACACAGCCUUGCCCCUGGCCCCUCAUCUUCUGGUCAUGUCUGGGGCAGAGCUGGAACAGGAAGGUGAACCAUGGCCUUGUUCUCCCCCACUGGGAACAUGCAUAUCAGUGAAACUCAAAAUUUUCAUAGGUCUGCACAUAUCUAUGAGUGAUCAUUAAAGUGCUGACAGUUUUGAUUUGGGGAUUACACAUUUUACAAAUAAACUGGUAAAUUCACAAAUAUAGGCUCAUAAAUAAUGAGUAUCAACCAUCCUAUAUUCAUAAAGGACCAAACUACUACACUGACUUGCUUAAUAGCUGCAGAACAUAUAAAAUUCACCCAUUCAUGAUUAAAAAUAGUUAACAAACUAGGAAUAAAAUGGAAAUCCCCCAAUAUGAUAAAGAGCAACUACAAAAAGCCCACACCUAACAUCAUUAUUGGCAACAAACUGAAUGCUGAAUGUCCUCCCCCUAACAUGAGGAAUGAGACAAGGACAUUCACUCUCGCCCCUUCUAUUCAACCUUGGUUCUUGAGGUCCUGUCCAGGGCAUUUAGGCUAGAAAAAGAAAAAAUCCUACGGGAAAGAAGGAAAACUUCACAGAUGACAAUCUUAUUAGAUAGAAAAUUCUAAGAAGUUUCAUUUGAAAACUACGAAAUGAGUUCACCAGGCUACAGGAUAGAAGAUCAAUAUACAAAGAUCAGUUUUAUUUCUGUGUCAGCAGCGAAUGUUCUGAAAUUGAGAUUUUUAAAAGUUCUAUCUACAGUAGCAUUGAGAUGAAUAAAAACUAUACAACAUUGUUGAAAGAAAUUAAAAGAAGACCUAAAUAAAUGGAAAUACAUUUUGGCUCAUGGAGUGAAAGACUUUACAUUGUUAAGAUUGCUCCCAAAUUGCUCCACAGAGUUACUGCAGUUCCUAUCAAAAUCCCAGCUGGCUGGUUUGCAAAUAUUGACAAACUGAUAAAGUUUAUACAGAAACCCAAAAUUGAUAAAAUCCGCAUGGAAAAUACAAAAGCCAGAACAAUCUUGAAAAAGAACAAAGUUGGAAGAUUCACACUUAACCAAUUACAGAAAUUAACUACAAAGCUACAGUAACCAACAGUGUGACACUGGAAUGAAGAUAAACAUGGAUUAAGGGAAUAUAAAAUAUAUCUGAGAAUCCAGAAAUAAGCCUAUAAUGUUUAUGAUCAAUUAAUUUUUGACAAUACUGCCAAUAGCAUUCAGUAAGAAAGAGUAAUCUUUUCAACGAAUAGUCCUAGGACAACUGUAUAGCCAAGUGCUAAAGAACCCCCCCCCAAUACUACAUACAAAUUUCAACCCAGAAAGGAUCCUAUACCUAAAUAUAAGAGCUAAAAUUGUAAAACUGACAAGAAAACAUACAAGUAAAUCUUCGUGACCUUGGACGAAGCAGUGGUUUCUUUUUUUUUUUUUAAUUUUUAUUUAUUUAUGAUAGUCACAGAGAGAGAGAGAGAGAGGCAGAGACACAGGCAGAGGGAGAAGUAGGCUCCAUGCACCAGGAGCCCGAUGUGGGAUUCGAUCCCGGGUCUCCAGGAUCGCGCCCUGGGCCAAAGGCAGGCGCCAAACCACUGCGCCACCCAGGGAUCCCGAAGCAGUGGUUUCUUAGCGACAACACCAAAUGCACAAGCAACAAGGAAAAAUAAAUAAAUUGGACUUCCUCAAAAUGACUCUUAUGUUUUAGAGAACACCAUCAAGAAAGUGAAGAGACAACCACAGCACAGGAGAAAGUGUAAAAAUCCCGUCUGAUAAGGUACUUGUAUCCAGAGUAUAUGCAGAACCUCCUAUAAUGAGCCACGUAUAUACUAGUGCUUAAUUAUGGUUACUGUAGGGCGGUAGCCAGUGAACUGCCCAGUGGGCCUUCUGUAAUGAUGGAAAUGUGUCCGUGUCCUCCGCUGGUGUGCUACCCUCCAACCCCGUGUGAUAACUUGAACAAUGGAAAUCCAGCCAGUGGCUUCCAUACUCAACUAUGCAGUUGUUUAUCCUGUAUAUUUGAAUUUUUUUAAGGCAUGUAUUUAUAAUUUUAAAACAUUUUUUAAACUAACAGUCGUGUAUUUUUUGUCUCUUCUAUAUGCCAGUUGCUUUAUAACAUUAGAGGGCUUUAUACAUCAGUAGAAUUUAGGAAGGGCAACCCACCGAUACCAACGACAAUGGGAGGAAGAGAUUAGGAUAGUAAAGGCUCACCUAAAUCCAGAGCUAAUAUUUGAUCCUGGGGAAGGGGUAUUUUCUGGAAAGUAACUUCAAAAUCCUAAAGUUAGCAAUGAUAAGUUACAUGUUUUCUAAUUUUAAGAAAGUUAAGUCAGGGGCGCCUGGGUGGCUCCGCUGGUUAAGCGUCUGCCUUCAGCUCAGGUCAUGAUCUCAGGCUCCUGGGAUCGAGCCCCACAAUGGGUUCCCUGAUCAUUGGGGAGCCUGCUUCUCCCUCUCCCUCUGCCUGCUGCUCCCCCUGCUUGUGUGUGGGCUCUCACUCUCACUCUGUCAAAUAACUAAUAAAACCUUUAAAAAAAAAAGUUAAAUCAACACAUGGAUCAUCCAAUAGAAAACAUUAGUGAUAUCCAGCUGAAAGUGAACAGGCCAAAUAAAUCACAACCUUGAGAAGGAAAGUCUUUAAAGGAUGCUGACAUACAAAAGGGACAAUAGCAGUCAGUACACACACAGUAUAGACCUUUCCUGGUCCCCACCCCACCCCCCCGUGCUGAUUACUUUUCAUACCUCUUGCACACAGAGCAACCAUGAGGUGGUCUCUUCAGUAGUCAAAAUUGUUUUUGACUUGUUAGACUCUGUAAAUCCAAUCACGUAGCCACAGCUCGGAUCAUCGACACACUGACACGUAGAUCCGGCACAAGUAUGGUAUCAGGAAGAGAUCUGAUUUUUUAACAAAAGGCCUAAUAAACUUUAAAUUGUUUCCUCUUAUUUGAAUAUUCCCCCUAGUAUUUUUUUUUUUAAAAGAUAUUAUUUACUUAUUUGAGAUAGAGCACAAGCAGGGUGGGAGGGAUAAGGGCAGAGGGAGAGGGAGAAGCAGGCUCCCGGGUGAGCAGGGAGCCAGACUCGGGGCUGGAUGCUUAACCAACUGAGCCACCGAGGUGCCCCUCCUCUAGUAUUUAUCUACUGUCAUGGCUUUUAGCUAUUAACUAAUGCCAAACACUCAGAAUUUGCACAAUACUUUUAGGGUACCUGGGCGGUGCAGUUGAUUAAGCAUUGAUCAUUUUGGCUCAGGUCAUGAUCUCAGGGUCUUGAGAUCAAGCUCUGUGUUGGACUCUGCCCUCAUGGAGUCUGCUUGAGAUUCCCUGCCCUCCUCCUCGUGCUCUCUCUCUAAACAUUUUUUUUUGUUUGUUUAACUUACACACUACUUUUGUGCAAUUUCGACCUGUCCUUCUAUUUUGACAUUGUGGGCUUUAUCCAGGCCUAAUUAAAAAAUAUGUUUUUAAAUACUUUUCCUUAUAUGACCUACUUUUCAUAUUGAUAAAAAAUUAGUCAAGAACAAUACCCAGAAUAUAAGAAUGUUUGUAUAAGCAUAUUUAAUUCUUUUUGCAAGUUGACACCAUUAAAAACACUUCAUUUUUAAAAUUUUUAUUUUUAAGAUUUUUAUUUAUCCAUGACAGACACACAGAGAGAGGCAGAGGUAGAGGGAGAAGCAGGCUCCCCGCAGGGAGCCUGAUGCAAAACUCGAUCUCAGGACCCUGGGAUCACCACGUGAGCCAAAGACACUCAACCACUGAGGCCCCCAGGUGUCCCCCCCCCCAUUAAGAAUAUUUCAGCAUCGGACACAAAGUGUGACUUUACUAAGGAGGAGUCUGCUCGUCCUCACCACCCAACAGUAGUGUGGCUUGAAGUGUGCCCUACAGCUUGUCUGUGCUUCUGUUUAUCUUCUAGUACUUUACAGAACGAGCAGCACUGAGAUGCUAAAUCCUUUCGAGAGCCAGCGCUUUGAAAAGGCUCUUCCUCCUUGGAAUCUGGCUUUCUCAAAACCAUAGCGGUCAGUACACACACAGUAUGGUGUGUAUUAUUUGUUACUAAAGUGCUUCCUACAAAGUACUCUUAAUAGUAUUGGCAAUGGGAUGCCUGGGUGGCUCAGUGGUUGAGCGCCUGCCUUUGGCUCAGGUCAUGAUCCCGGGGUCCUGGAAUCGAGUCCCACAUUGGGCUCCACUCAGGGAGCCUGCUUCUCCCUCUGCCUCUCUCUAUAAAAAAAAUAAAAUCUUUAUUUAAAAAAAUAGUAUUGGCAAUGUAGUAUCGCCUUCU